GAUUAACAAUCGGUGAGUUCGUCCUGCUUACCAACACAUCGACAACCAAAACUCUCCGUAGAAUAUAUGAGAGUUACCAAAAUUCUCCGAAGCUUUACAACCUUUCUCCUUAAACCUUUGCAUUGAAGUCACUCUUCAAAAUAUGGAGUCAAGCCAGUACCCCAGGGAAAAUUUCGCGUGUAGCGUCUGUGGAAAAAAUUGUGGUAAUAAAAAAUCCCAGCUUCGUCAUGUGUCGUAUUGCAAAAAAGUAAAAUCUCGCGGUGGUGUAAAGUCAAGGAAGCGUGCUUGCUCAGCUUGUACCAAGGCCAAGACGCAAUGUGAUUUAAUCCAUCCAAGCUGCUCACGAUGUUCAAGAAAGAGUCUAGGCUGUAUCUAUGAGGGACCCCAGUUAUCAAGAAGGGAUGUUCUAGAGCCAGAAGAGAAAAGGCAUGCCGGUAAUGAUGCGGAUCAGAUCGAAGAAUUAUCUUUGAUCCUAUCUUCCUCGCAAAACGUCGCUUCACCAGUCUUGCUUAAUAACCAUGAAGCCAGUGUGGCUUCGUAUCCGUUUCAAAUAUCAGAUCCUAUCGCCGAGGAUGCAUUGAAUCUUGAACUGCUGGAUCAAGACUGGAACCUCGAUAUCGAAGAAUAUGCUCCGGGGGAUAUGGAUAUUUCAGUCUUCAGCAAGCCUACAAGAUAUUCCCCACGACUAUCUCCAAUAGAUCUGUCGCCUGGUCUCACGAGCUAUCAGCCAAAUGAUAGUGUUCCAUACUAUAGACUGUAUAAUCAACCGCUACCCAGAGCCCCAAAAGCAUUCACGCUUCGAAAAUUGUCUAAUAAACAAUUUUCCCUGAAUGAAAGCUACAUAUUGUCCACUUUACCGACCUACCCUUCAAUGCUACAUCCCAAGAAUGACGAUGGACUUCCACCAUUCAUCCACCCUCAUUUCAACAAUCGUAAAGCGCUUCCCGCACCGCUAGCUACAUGUGCUAUCCUCGUAAAUUGGAUAAGCGCGAAGACUGAGGAUAACGUUUUGUUCAUAUGGAAUUGUAUCAGGAUGGAGAUUGAUAAAAUUUGUGCCCAGUACACAACAUAUAACAGAGAAGAUGCCGUCGCUGCUCUUCAAGCCAUAACAAUUUAUUUUCUUCUUCGACUUUCGGAAGAUAAUGAAAAGGCAACAAAUUUUGAUGUUCCAAUGAUAUCCACAAUGAUUAAAGUUGCGACACAUAUUGGCCACCUGGAACAAGACCAUCAGAAUGAAGGUGUUCCACCGUGGAAACAAUGGGCUCUAGCCGAAUCUGUACGCCGCACAAUCAUAGUAAUCUUUUUCAUCGACUUUUUUUUCGAUCUCUCCUCCUCGGUCCAUGGAUAUCGCUGCAACGAAAAUCGCCUGAAAUAUAUGAGUCUACCCUGUUCUCGCAAACUCUGGAAAGCGACCACAAAUGAAGUAUGGGAGAAUGAGUAUACAAAUUCAAUGAGAGGCGAACAACUUACGUAUGGAGACCUAAUAAAUUCUCGAUCUAGACCUGAAGAUCGAUCAUUGGAUGGGUGGCUAUCUCAAUUAGAUGACUUUGGUAUGCUGGUUUUGGCUGCGGCGAGUUUGGCCUCAUGAUCAGUGUAAAAGGAGGAAUGUGGGAGAGUGAGAGGGAGAUACAGAGGACAGGACAUGGGGAUGAAAUUCUCGGUACUCAAUGAAAAGAUUUUGGGGUAUCAGCCUGUAAAUUCACCCGAUUCCUUCAUAUUCUCACGUGGAGUGGAUUUUGACAUUUUGUCUACAGAAUCACCAUAUUUGAACACUUAGAAUAAAAUCAUAUCUUGAGGGCUAGUUAUGAUCUUCAUUUGCAAGAAAAAUGAUUGGUUGUGAGAUCGCUCAGAUGUAAUAACGCUGAUUAUCACUCAAUCCAUGACAGUCUAGCUGCACA